UCCUUAAACUCUGUUCCUUAAAUAAUUUCCCUGAAGUUUCUCAAUUUUUUAACAUUAUAUGAUAUUUUUAAUUAGAAUUUUAGGAUUAUAUAUGAGGAAGUUAUAUUGAGCCUCCCAGGCAUAACAGAUGCAAGAAGUUAGACAAAUAAAAAUAAACAACUGAUUAGAAAAUAAAUAUAGGUUCAUCAUAGAUAAUUUAGAUAAUACCAUAAGCAUAAAGUAGAAAAGCAGUGUCAUUAAAAAUCCUUUUAACAUAGGCAAGCUCUUGUGUGCAAUUUUGUCUCAUUUUUUUCUUCUAGCAUGUAUUUUUUCUAUUAAAAUUUUUUUCACAAAUAUUUUAAUGGCUGCAUAAAAUCCAUUGUAUGGCUAUAUCAUGAUUUGCCCAACCAUUCCUCCUAGAUUAUCUCAAAAUUCUUACCGUUAAAUAAACACUGAUGGGUAUCAUGUGCAUAAAACUUAGUUUACAUGUUUAUUAUUCCUUAGGACAGACUAUAUGUCAUAAGAUUCAUGUGUUGCAGCACAUGAUACCAAUUUCAAAGCUCCCAAUACCAAAUAACUUUGAGUAAAGCCUCACCAGGUACACCUGUACCAGCAGUGUAUGAGCAUAUCUCUUGUGGUGCCUCACCAACAUUAAGCAUAUUGUUUAAAAAUCUUUGCAUAUUUAACAGAUGCAAAUGGCCUCAUGUGUUUUCACCAUGAAGUUUUUCUUAAACAAACAAGAAAUAAUGAGAAUAGAACUAUGGAUGAAGUAGUGUGACAUUACAGAUUGAGACCUAGUUGGAGUCUAGUUGAAAUCAGCCUGCCUUCAAAAAGAUUUAAGUAUUUUACUCUUUUAUUCUGAGACAUUGGUAAUUUUUUGAAUUUCUGUCAUUUUGAAAAAUCAGUGCCGGGAGACAAGACCAUAUGUGACUUUGACCAAAUGUUACUAGCAAAAAUUGACCUGGCUAAAGACUUACACUCCAUGGUCCUGGUUUCCCAGUCAGUUUGUUAUAAGAAUAAAUAUUAUCUGUAAUUCUUUGGCCAAGUCAUUUUAAACCCCUAUUCCUCAUUUCGGUAUCUUGCUUCUCCCACAUUGAGGUAUAUAUGAAUCAAAGGACCAUGUGAAGUAUUUGUCCCUUCUUAAAGACAGGUACAGGGUGUAAGCUAGAUAAAAUGUGAUUUUGAUUCCCAUUAUUUUGGGAUGCUUCAGAGUAGCCUAAACAGAAUUGUAUUUUGAGUUCCUCCAACAAAGGUGCUCCACGUAUCCAAGAGAAUACUAUUGGGAGUGGUAUUUAUAAAUUUGUCAGCUAACAGUUAAAUUUUUAAACUUUAGAAUGUAUUAAUAGCAUGCAUUUGUAUGAUUUAUUUUUCAGCUGCAUAUAUCAAAGCAAAUGUGUGGUCUCUAGUUUGUACUGAUGGAGAAACUGAGGCAUGGGGAGAUUAGUCAUUGUCUCAAGGCUACAGAAUGAGUUAUUGACAACUCUGGAAACUGAAGACCUUUCUUACUCACAUACCAGAUACAGCAUGGGCAGUGUCAGUCAAGCUUCUCUCCUGCUGUGUCCUUUCAGAUGGUUCAGCCCUAUCCUUUUGGGACUUGGUCUCCAAGGGUAAGAAGGUAGUUCAUGGUCCACAGCCUGUCAGUCUGUCUGCAGAGGCCUCCGACAAGCUGACAAGUUAUUGCCAGAAGGGAGGCGGGUGGUACUUUUUUUGACACUGGCCCUGAGCAGAGACUGCUAGUGAUUCUCCUCUUCUGACUACCCUUUGAAGAGCUGUAUGAUGGGGAUCAGCUUGUCAUGAUUGACCAGAGUAGGAUUUGUGGAGUAAAUGCAGUAAGUGAUCUCUGUCCCAUUAUUAUUGCUAAGACUGAUCUGGGAGCACCCCAAAGGCGAGGGAUCGGAUUGUGCUCUGAAGAUGCAUACCCGUAUGUGAGGAAAUGCCCUACAUGACCAUUCCUGUGUAUUGAGAUGAAAGUCUAGACGUCUCUGAACUGCAAAUGAUAUUUGAAGAAACACUUAAAGGACAUUUGUUAUCCCUCUGCCAAGUUCCCUAACCAUGUCUUUAGGCCUAGAUGCCAGGAUGGGGAUCUUAGUAAACAGGGACCUCCAAGACCUAGAGAAGCGGGAGGCUGAUGGAGGGCUAUUUGAAUUCAGCUUUCAGAAAUAAAAAAGGUGAGCAAGAGACUCAGGUUCAGAAGUCAGGAACCACAGAUCAGUUAGGGAGUCAAAAGCCCUGACUUUGAGAAAAGUUAUUCACAUGGGUGAAAUGAAGCUUUUAAAGAAUUUGAAAAAUAUAUUAAAAAUUGAAUGGCAGACUUCAAGGAAAGGCCAUCCCCAAGAAAUAGCAUAAGAAGUGGCAUCUUUAGCCAAAAAGAAAAAGAAACUUAACACAGCCCAGGGACUGUAGGUGGUUGUGAGGGAUAAUGGGAACAACCAAGACGGUCUCACUCCAGAGGCAUAACCUCUAAGAGGCUUUAACACCUUUUGCCCAUUCGUAGUGUCAAUUUUAGAGGUAAGUAUGAGAUGGUUUGGUGUGUGGAUUUGAUGUGGAAUCAGAUAGUGCUGUCUGCUGAAUAUAAACCUUUAUUUCGUUAAAUACAAGUAACAGAUAUAGUAAUUAUAUCUUAUGUCCCAAGAGUUUUAUUCUGAAUUGGUAAUAGUACUUUAAUCUCUUGAGGAGGUUUGUGUGUGUGUUUUGUUUUGUUUUAAUUUGUGGUUGAGUGUUUGUGAACUUGAGUGAGUCACCACAAAAUACUUGACCCCUUUUCAUGUAAGACCUUUUAAUUUCAUCUAUCUUAGUGUCAGUAAAUGUCAAAAAGUGGUUGUGAUUGUCCUCCCUUUAAAGAAAGCAUCCCUGGUGACUUUAAAAUGUUAAUGUAUUUGAUUAUGAUGGUUGUGAUAAUUUCUGAGGACAGUCACAUUUUAUAGGAUAGAAAUAAGGUGGCAGCCUAAAAGUGAAAUGGCAACCUUAGUUCAUUUUUGAAGCAGUUUUGGGUAGUUGAAACAAAUUGGCAGAUAGGCCUAUAGAACAGUUAAAAGUAAGACUAAGCUUGAACCUGAUACAGAUUUCUCUCUACUUCCUACUGUUCUCAAGGAAUUUUAUUUUACUUACUUUUUAGGAUAAGGAUCAUUUCUAUUCUAUUUUCCUCACCCCAAUAUAUGAAUAUUACUUUAAGAAUAAGCUGGUAUUUUCUUAAUGAUUUGUUACAUUUCUCUAUUUUCCUAGACUGGUGUUAAACUUUUGAUAGUUAAUUUAUAGGUUUGGUUCACUAGUAGCUUAGAAAAUAAAUAAGUGCUCACAUCUUAUUAGAAUUAGUACACAUCUGAUGCAGAAAUGUUACUUUUGCCAUUUAACAUUCCCCAUACAGUGCUAAUCAUGUGGACAUUUAUCUGCCACAGCACAUAAUUUGGUAAAACUAAUUUUCUGUGCUCCUAGAGCUCGUGUUUCUCGAAGUGUGUGUACUGUUAGGGAUCACUUCUUUCCAUUGCUAUAUAGGAGACAAUAGAACAUGGUGAUGGAGUAUUGAUUUUAGGUCAGGACCUGGGUUUGAAGAAUCCCAGGUGUUGAGUAGCCUUGGCAAGUUACUUGACUGCUCUAAGACGUGGUUUCUUCAUCUGUGAAUUAACAGUAAACUUCACAGUUAUGAAAAUUCUUAUAAGGGAAUUUGAAGAAGGAAUGAGUCUUGGUAGACUGGAAUAGUCAUGUUAAUUAAUAGUAGUUAGGCAUCUAAGAUCUGAUUUAAUUCCAGUCAUUUGCAAAGUACUUUUCUGGUUGCUGCUAUAAUCCUUGUAUAGCUGGAAGUCUAUAAACCUUGUAGUAUUCUUUAAUUUCUGGUCCAUUUUUUUCAAUACCAUUUUUGCUUAUAUUUAUAUUUUUUGGUCCCAGUCACCAUUCCUUACAAAACUAAUUAAAUGCAUUCUUAAAUGCAUAAUAUUAUCCAUAUCCAUUCACAUCCACCACCUCUAGGACCAACUCUCUGUCAUCUCUUUGCUGGUCUAAUUUUUGCUGAACCUUAGAACCAAAGACAGAUUCCAGGGGUUGAUAUGGGACCUCCAGAAUGGGGAUUGCACAGAAUAAUCUUAUUUUUCCUCUAUUCUUCUAGUCUGUUAUGUUCUGAACCCACACAUGUUUUCGGAAGGACCAGAUGGCUGACACUGGCUAAUGGGAACCAAAAGACGAGUGAAAGUAACCUGGUUGUCACAUACCCCAAGCUUAGAGGUGCUUCACCCUGCCCAGGAUCAAAUUCUUUUUUUUUUCUGGAAACUAUACACCACUGUAUCAAAAAACUUAAUACAACCUGGCUUAUUUGAGGUUAGAUUAUCAAGUCAAGCAGCAGCACUUGUUGAGUGAAAAGGGUUGACUGGGAGAGAAGUGUCUGCCUUUACAGAGGCAGCAUAAUUUGUGGUUAAGAGCUUGGGUUUUGGAGUCAGGUAAAUCUGGGUUCAGAUCCAGCUACACCACUUAGGAGCUCCUUGACAGGCAGCAAAUUGCUUAGCCCCUAGAAGCCUCAGUUUCUCAUUUGUAAAAUGGGAACAAUAAUAAUAGUAGUAGUACAUUCUUCACAAAUGAUAUGAGGAGUGAAUGAAAUGCGUAUAAAUUAUUUACUGUGUGCCAGGCACUAUGCUAAAUAGUAGCCUUUAUCAUUACAGAAAGCAUAAUCAAAUGAGAGGAUAAGCACAAAGAAAAUGAAAGGCCACAAAAACAUUUUCAUGUAGAACAUAAAAUUGAAUAGAAGUGCUAAAGCUAAAGAAAGUGCUAAAUAUUUAGAAUCAGGUGAAUUUUCUGAGAUUUCAUGGAAGAGGAAAUUCUUAAGUCUAUGGAAUAAGAUUGAUAUGAUUCACUUUGUGUUAUCAAGGCAUUCAGGUUUAGAGAAUGAUAUUUAGGAGUCAUUAUACACCCCUGUGCAAAAUAACAGUAUAGCAGCUGACUUUCCCUGCUACAUGUUAAGAGACAAACUGACAAGUAAAAAUGAACUAAGUAUAUACUAGAAUUAAGUAAAUUGAUGAACAGGAAGAAGACAGACUUGAGCGGCAAAAUGAGAAAACUGUAGAACCAGACAAUAGACUGAAUGGGCAACCGGAAAGGAAUAGUCAGAGGUGAUGACUAGGCUGUUGGGCAUGAGUUAGAUGAUCAGGGAUCCAGAAGAGAGAAAUCAUGAGGUAGGUUUUCUUCUUUGAAGGUGGGGAAAGAUCAGGUGCAGACUGAGCUGUGGCCAACGUUUGCUGACCAGGAAUCCACACUAGCUCUAAUCAGAGAGCUCUUGGUGUGCGGAAACUGCCAGUUUGCCGACGUGAAAAGAGCCCCAGACUGGGGACUGGUGAGCCCUGAAGUCGCACCCCAGCUCUGCCACUCAGUGAGCACGGCAACAUCCCUAAUCCUGACCAGCCAUGGAGAGGUUCGGUUCUUACAAGGAAAAUGAGUGAAUGUGGGAAUGGCUCACCACAUUGGGAAAACAAAACUCACAUCCUGCUGAUGGUUGGCUGAGGACUGUCAUGUUCAUAUACAAAGAAAAGCAUGUGGCACAGUUUUAGGACAAAGGUAUGGGUUUGUGGAGUUUGAUGAUCUGCGUGAUGCAGAUGAUGCUGUUUAUGAACUGAAUGGCAAAGACCUUUGUGGUGAGCGAGUAAUUGUUGAGCAUGCCCGCGGCCCACGUCGAGAUGGCAGUUACGGUUCUGGACGCAAAUCCUUUGAGGCUAAGAUGACUGCCUGUUCCAUUUGCUGACCUUGGGUUACCUUUCCAUGCGUGGCUCUUUGAACCAUUGUGGCCCUUGGCUGACCAAAAACAGGAAGCCAUGUGACGACCGCAACCUUUCCCCAUUAGACCUGGGUGGUGGAUAUGGUUAUAGAAGAAGUGGCCGAGAUAAAUAUGGCCCUCCUACCCGCACAGAAUACAGACUUAUUGUGGAGAAUUUAUCAAGUCGGUGCAGCUGGCAAGACCUAAAGGAUUAUAUGCGUCAGGCAGGAGAAGUGACCUAUGCAGAUGCUCACAAGGGACGCAAAAAUGAAGGGGUGAUUGAAUUUGUGUCUUACUCUGAUAUGAAAAGAGCCCUGGAAAAGUUAGAUGGAACUGAAGUCAAUGGCAGAAAAAUCAGAUUAGUUGAAGACAAGCCUGGUUCUAGACGACGCCGGUCCUACUCCAGGAGCCGGAGUCACUCAAGGUCCCGCUCUCGAAGCAGACAUUCCCGUAAGAGUAGAAGCCGCAGCGGCAGCAGCAAAAGCAGCCCUUCUAAGAGUGGAUCUCGGUCCAGGUCAGGCUCCCAUUCCCGGAGCAAGAGCCGGAGCCGCAGCCAGAGCCGGAGCCGGAGCAAGAAGGAGAAGAGCCGGAGCCCCAGCAAGGGUGACAAGAGCCGCAGUCGCAGCCGCAGUGCCGACAAGCGCCACAGCAAGAGUAAAGAACAAGCGGAGGAAAAGGUCCAGAACAGCAACACCACUGGCAAAUCCAAGAGCCGGAGUCCCAGCAGGCAUAAAAGCAAGAGUAAAAGCAGAAGCAGGAGUCAGGAGAGGAGAGCGGAGGGGGAAAAGCGAGGGAGCGGGAGCAGGAGUAGGAGCAAAGAGAAGAGCCGGAGUCAGGAGAAAAGCCUGCACAAGAGCAGGAGCAGGAGCAGAGGGGGCAGCCGCAGCCGCAGCCGCAGCCAAAGCAAGGACAAGAGGAAGGGAAGGAAGAGAAGCAGGGAGGAGAGCCGCAGCCGCAGCCGCAGCCGCAGCCGCAGCAAAAGUGAGAGGAGCAGAAAGCGAGGUGGCAAGCGAGACAGCAAGUCAGGCAGCAGCAAGAAGAAGAAGAAGGAAGACUCUGGCCACUCCCCGUCCAGAUCGCCGUCCCGCUCAGUUUCAAAGGAGCGGGAGCAUGCCAAGUCCGAGUCCGGCCAGAGGGAAGGCCGAGGAGGGGAGAGCGAGGAAGCUGGCACGAAUCAGGAGGCCCGGUCCAGGUCGAGGUCCAAUUCUAAAUCAAAACCAAACCUCCCAUCUGAAUCACGCUCCAGAUCAAAGUCCAUCUCAAAAACCCGAUCUCGCUCCAAGUCUCGAUCCAGGUCUGCGUCCAGAUCAGCCUCCCGGUCUAGAUCUAGGUCCCACUCAAGGUCCUAACUGGCUACGGCCGCAGCUGGAACUACCCGAGAAGUCUUUUGUACAUGUUUGGUAGCCGUAGCACAAGUGAUUGAAGUAGAACAUACGUCACUGCUGUACAUUUUUAACUCCCCUAAUGGUGUGUCUACAAUUGUUAAAUCUAAGUGCUUCCUCUCCGUAAAGCCUCCUGGCGCCAGGCCUUCCUGCUCGACUGAAAACAAUCUUCUCUGAAAAUCCCCUUUACUCAUGGCCCACAGUAGAGUAUCCAGAAUGCCUUGGCUUUCAGGCCUGGUCUUUCCUACAGGCAGCUCAGUAUCUGGACGGCUUUAAGGCUGGAAUGAUGACAUAGGUAGGUAUGGUGAGUUCAACCAUUUUUGCCCUUGAAUUGAUGCCCUUUGAUGUAUGCCAUUUAGUGAAAGUGCUAAGUCUUAAGUUUCCUACCACUUUGGUUUCAUAUUUUUGGGCUUAACAAAGUUGUGAAUAGCACAGUCGAGGAAAAUUGAUACCUGCAGUAACCCAUAGGAAAUAAACUAGAGUUCCAUAUUCUGGUAUUGUGAUUAUAUUGUUUUAUAAAAAAAAGAAAAGAAAAGAAUUUUUUUUUAUUUUAUUUUUCCCCGUCUUGCAAAGUAUAGUGACCCCUGUUUCCAUUGAAUUUGAAUAAAGACUAUUUUUGCUUGA